UCAGUAUUCAGUUGGUAACGGGAAAGUCGGUUGGUGUGUCUUUUUGUAAAGCGAGUGAAAGACUAGUGAAACGCCCGUUUUUUCUACUUCGAAAUAAAUAAUAAAAGGAAUAUUGUUUAUAUAUUAAUAUCUAAUCUCAACUUUUACUCAUUAACUUUUAAUAGUUAAAAAUAUAGAUCGACAAAUGCCACGACAGGGGCAAGCUCUGCCUAAAUUGUGGGCUUUACUACUUUAUGCUCCUUUUUUUUUUAUUCGUUCCUGCGAUGGUCACGGAAGGCUAAUCGAACCGCCAAGCAGGGCAUCGGCCUGGCGCUAUGGAUUCCAAACACCGCCAGAUUACAAUGACCAUGAGCUUUAUUGCGGCGGGUUUACACGCCAAUGGAAGCGAAAUGGUGGAAAGUGCGGCGAGUGUGGAGAUGCGUGGGACAUGCCGGAGCCACGGCCCCAUGAAAACGGUGGUCAGUGGGGGCAAGGCGUGAUUGUGCGAAGUUAUUUGCCAGCAUCCGAGAUGACGAUUCGGGUUGAAUUAACUGCCAGCCACAUGGGGUAUUUUGAGUUUCGGUUAUGUGAUGAUCCGGGUGCCAAACAGGCAUGCCUAGAUAAAAAUAUCCUGCAUAUACUUGGUGGAUCUCCUGCGCAGCCAAGUCCAGCGGAUAUGGACAGCCGCUUCUAUCCUCGAAAUGGAAGUCGCAUAUAUGAAAUCAAAGCACGCUUACCUGAAUUGACAUGUAAUCAAUGCGUGCUGCAGUGGCGCUACGUUGCUGGGAAUAAUUGGGGCAUGUGCAACGAUGGUAAUGGUGCAGUUGGCUGCGGACCCCAGGAGGAAUUUCGUUCGUGUUCAGAUAUCGCAAUAACCACGGAUGCACGACCUCCUAUGCGACCUAUUCGACCUUUACACCCAACGCCCACACGAUCUAGUACGAAAAUACCAACAACUAAUGAAUAUGAUUCAGAAGAAAUUGCAUUUAAUUAUUCACUUCUAUUAGCACUAGUAAUUACUCUGGGAGUAGUUUUUUGUGCCAUUGGAACUUGGUACUUUUAUAGACGAAACUUUUGUAUUUUUAAGGAAUGCAGCAACUCUGUUUCGCAGAAGUUUAGAAAUAAUAACAAAAAUAACGCGUCUUUGGAAAAUGCUGUCCACAACAGAAUCUUCAAACCUCUUGAAUCGCUUGGUUAUGGGGGUAAAGGUGUCGAGGUGGACAAUCCGCCCGUUCCCCCUCCCCGGACCAAGCGAGACGGAAGGAUACGGGAAUUGUCAGCUAAUGCCUCAAGUGUAGCCUAGACAGACAACGAACUGAGCAAAUGCUUUUGGUUUCCCAACCCCUUUGCCUCCACCUUUUCAUCUAAUCUAACCGAAUGUAUCGUAGUGAUUAUCCUUAGAUAUCCUUUUAGAUUUAAAGCGCUCCUUAGUACUUAGAACUUAGCAGAAAAUUAUCCUCUCUCAUUACUAUUUAAAAUCAUAUAUGUACAUACGUACGAAAUUUAAUUAUUUAUAGGAAACCCCAAUAUUGUGUAUUCUGUACUCUGUUUAUUACUCUCAUUAUACCAUUAUACGACUGCCGUAGUUAUCUUGCAUAAAGCAAUAGCUGUACAUGCUAAAAUAAAUAUUAAGUAUAGAUAGGUACUUUCACAGUUUACACCUAGUUUCACUGCCCCAAAUAAAUAAGUUCAUCAAAAUAGUGUUUACGUAUUUACUUACAUAUAUGCUUAGGACAUACGACUAUGUGAUAGAAAUAAAUAUAAACUUUCAUAAAA